UACUCUUUGAAUAAUGGUCAUAAAAGGUCGACAGCUGAUUUAAAUUCAAAGCCCAACAAAAGUAUUGAUUAGCAAUAACCGUAGAUUUAGCUUAGUUCCCUAGAUAAGAAUAGGCGUAGUCAUGGAUUUCACGGGCUUCGAAGUGCGUAAGUGCCCGCCGACUGUCACGUACAUUCCCAACUUCAUCACUUCUGAGGAGGAGCAGCGCAUCCUUAGCCAAAUUGAGAGGACACCAAAGCCACGCUGGACACAGCUACUCAAUCGCCGGCUAGUUAACUAUGGUGGAGUUCCUCAUCCCAACGGAAUGAUUGCCGAGGAGAUCCCCGAAUGGCUGCAGAGCUAUGUGGAUAAAGUUAACAACCUUGGCAUAUUCGAGUCCCAGAAAGCCAAUCAUGUGCUGGUGAACGAGUAUCUGCCUGGCCAGGGAAUUCUUCCUCACACCGAUGGUCCUCUUUUUUUCCCCAUCAUCUCCACGAUUUCCUGCGGAUCCCACACCGUGCUGGAGUUUGCCAAGAGAGAAGGGGCUGGUGAUGAUUCCGAAACUAAAGAUCCGGACACUGCUUCUCCUGCUCGUGAGGUGAUCUUUAAACUGCUGCUGGAACCCCGCAGCUUACUUAUCCUAAAAGAUUCGCUGUACAGCGAAUACUUACAUUCGAUUGCCGAGACCAACGAGGAUGUGCUCUGCGAUCGUAUUGCAAACUAUGACUUAUGCGAGAACACCUACAAGAUCGGGGAUCACCUGCCCCGCCGCUCGCCACGCAUUUCGCUGACCAUUCGCAACGUUCCCAAGACCAGCAAGAUGAAGCUUAAGUUUUGUUAGGUCCAUUCCGCACUUAGUUGUUGAUUACUAAAUGUUGCAAUGUUAAUGUUAACCUCACGUUAACCGAACCCACUGAAGUCAGCCCACGAGCUAUACGGGAUGGGAGGAGCCCGGUUAAAUAGAGUGACUAAGAUAAUCUGCAAACUGAAUCUUCCUGUAGUCGUUUAAGCACCCACACUAAAGCACACACACUCGCAAGCAGUGAUGGGUAGCACCUAGAUAGAUUCACAUGGGUUUUCAUUAGUUUUGAUUCUGAUUGUUCACAUUUUUACAAUAUUGAAGAAUUUAUAAAUCAAGUUACUUAGAAUUAUUAUUUAAUUUUUUAAGAUUGCUCUGCAUGUGUAGAGUUUAUUCUUUUAACAAGAACUUGCUUAAAAAAAAAGAAAUUUUCUUUUAAAAAGUUACAAGAAAAGCCCUGUCCCAUCACUGCUUCACAAGCAAUUAACGUUGGCCCACACAAAAGUGCUUUAUUUUGACCGUUUACAUUAUGUGUACAUAUAUAAAUGUUUUGUAUUACGUAUUAUUACGGAGCAAUAAGUUGGGCCGAUGGGCGGACAGGCCUGGAAAGGAAGCCUCUCCGCCUGUGGCAUUUAGAUUUAGUUACGCGAGCAAUUGUUGAGAGCAAUCCACGGUCUAGAUUUGUGAAAUAUGUAGCUAUAUAUCUAUAUAUAUAUAUAUGAAUGGAGCACGCCGCACACUCUGAACUGUAUUCGUAUGCUCCAAGCGCCAGUGUAUCCAGUGUCCAAGUGUAUUUUUGUAACCGUUUUUUCCACCGCGCACCGUAAAAUAUUUGAACUGGAACUGCUAGUUCCAGCCAGAAAAGUGUUACAAAUAAACGUUACUGUGUCCACCCAC